AUGAAGACACGCACACGGCAGUGUGCAGUAGAGAGAUCACCGGAGAAGCAGUUGAGUAGAGUGAGCAGGAGAGAGAGAGAGCUCGCCGGAGAAGCAGUGAGCAGAGUGAGCAGGAGAGAGAGAGCUUGCCGAAGAAGCAUCUGGAUCUUGGGUACUGUGGGAGGUAUGGAUGCGGAUUUGGAGCAGAGGUGGCAACGAUUGUCACUAACGACGGAAGAAAGUGAAGCAGUGGUGGUGGCAAGGGAUUCGGGAACCACUAAGGAAUCAGAUACUAGAUUUAGUCUCUUUGGGAGGCUCUUGUCUUCUAGAUCCUUUAACCAAGAGGCUUUCUUUGCUACAAUGAAGAACAUCUGGAAGCCAGUAAGGGGGAUGGAGUUUUCGACAGUUGGAGAAAACCUGUAUCUGCUUCGCUUCUUUUCCAAAGAGGAUUAUAAUAAAGUUCUGGAUGGCUCUCCUUGGACAUUUGAUAAACACCCUUUGCUAUUAAAGGAGUAUAAUGGGAAUUUACGCCCAUGUGAUGUGGUUUUUGAAGAGAUGCCGCUAUGGGUUAGAUUUUACAAUCUACCAUUCAAAAUGAUGAAUGAGAAGGUCGGAUUGCAGUUGGGUGCAGCAGUAGGCAGAAUAGAGAAGGUGGAUCUUGAUCGUAAUGGUUGUGGAUGGGGCAAGUACCUCCGGGUCAGAAUCCGUAUUGAUAUUACUAAGCCGUUAAAAAGGGUUGUCAUGGUUACUGGGGAGGAAGGGGGUGCUGCUAUUAGGGUAGGAGUUCAGUAUGAGAGAUUACCAAACUUCUGUUACAUGUGUGGGAGAUUGGGGCAUGUUGAUCGUGAUUGUGAGGUGGGGGAGACAGAGUUUCCUGAACCCAAACCAUAUGGUGAUUGGCUACGAUCCUCUCCACCUCGGGGCCGUAGGCCAACACCAUCCUCAGACCCUCAGUCCAUUUCCCGAUCUUCCCAACGGGAAACUGAGUCGUCCGAUUCUAAGACUGCUGACUUUGGGGAUGCUAAGGGAUCGGAAAAUCAGAGAGGUGAGGAUCAAUGUAAAUCAUCGUCAUCUCCUGGCGACAAGGUGGAUGAUGGUCAUGUUCUUGGUGUGGAAAAGGCAUUGUCUCAUUGUGGGAGCCCAAUAAUUACUUGUUCAAAGGCCAGUGAUGAUCAAAUUGAUAGCACCUUAACUAAGCCUGCAAAAGUAGCUUUAGAAAAGGAGGGAGGAGGUAGGAAUCUGUCGAUGGGGCCUAUUCCUGAGAUAACCAGUGGCUGGAAAGAAGAUGGGAAGAUGGUAGAUGCUAUGAUGGUGAAAACUCUGGAAGACCAGCUCCAAGAGCCGAUGGAAACUACUUCCCAAGUGGUAGGCCGUGAUAUUAAUAUAUCCGUCUACUCUUCUGGGGAAGAUAAGGGGAAGAAGAAAGGGACCUGGAAGCGCUCUCUCCUGAAACAUUCUCAAGGUACUGAGGUAGAUAUGGAGGGGUCUGGCUCGACCCAAGGGAAGAGGAGGAUCCAGGAUAGUUUAAUCUCGUCUGAGUCUGAGAGGAGAGUUAAAAGUCACAAGGCAGGGGGGGAGACUGAGGAGGUGAGGGAUGGACCUAUCUUAUCGGCGGGUGCUGGUCGUAACCAGACCCGCCGGAAUCAAUGA